CGUGAAGAAAAUAUCGUUGGCUCCGUUGCUUUAAUAUUUAGAUCGAGCUUCGGCGCAACAACAACAACACACAACAACCACUGACAUUUGCAAAUAUCACCUUUGGCUGUCUCCAACUAGGCAGCGGAUUAAACAGACCUAUUUUGCAAAAUUUUUUGUGUAUUCUUCUUAAAGUAAUUGAAAUCGACGUUUUAAGAUAAAACAAAUCAAAUAAAGCUUUCUAAGAGUUUUCUGAGCCAGGGUGAUCAUCACUGGAUCAUGAUCAAGGGACUAGUUUCCGAGAUGGAUCAUCAAACGCAAGUCGUCCAGCAACUGGAGGAUCUUAAAAGUUUUUACACCCGAGAUUGGCCCAAAUAUUGCAAGGAGUACUACUGCCUGGAUAAUUUUCUGGAUCUCCAUAAAUGGGACCCCCAACUGAAGGAUGUAAAAGUUUACGCUCUUCCCAAUCUAGAACACGGAUUAUUUGUGAUUGUGGACGUUAUCAAAUUUUUGUCGGUAUUUUGGAAGCUGAAAGAUCUGAAAGUGCUCUGAAGGAAUCCUUAUUGAAAAUAGACUUUUUGGGCGGCGAACAAUUUGCUUCUAUGCCAAAAAGAUAUUUCACUGUUGAAAACGAUAUUAUUGAGCAGAAAAAUCUGAAAGUAGAACUCGAUGGUAUGACCUAUUUUAUGGUGUUAAGCAAAAAAGAAGCACUAAACUUUCAAGUGGAACCAACGGUUGGCUUCUCUCUAAAAUCUGUAAGUCUAGAGGACGCUCAAGUGAUUAACGACCAUUGGGAAUGGAGUGAACACGGCGGUCUUUCUUAUAUACAACGCCAAAUUUGCUAUAAUACCAGUGUGGGCUUGUAUAAAGACGAGGACAAUGAACUCGUUGCCUGGUGUAUAAGGGCUCAGGAUGGUUUAUUGGCAGCCCUCCAAGUCAAACCCUCCUACAAACGCCGAGGUUUUGGCGUUAUGAUUGUAAAAGAAUACUCUAGACGAGAGGCUGAGCAAGGACGGGACAUAAUCACCGAAGUUGUUUCAGAAAAUAAGGCAUCGCUAAACCUAUUCAAAAAAUUGGGCUUUAGUAUCAAAGAUCAGUGUUAUUGGCUGUUCACGGAAGCUCCAAAUGAAGAUUUAUUAUAAAACAUUUAUCUGCAAAUAUUUGCUUUGAUGAAUUAUUAUAAUAAUCCUUUAGGAUUGUAACGUUUUAUCAUGUGAGGGAAGAAUGUAUGGGCUAGUUUUAAGAGAAACUGUUUAAGAGAGUUCUU